UGAUCCAAGAACAAUAUGUGGAUCCAGAUAAAAGACCUCCUUUUGAUAUUAUGAUGAAUUUGAUUUGGUGACUCCUUGAUACCAAAAGUGAGGGGAUAAAGUGAGGGGAACAAACUUUGAAACUAAGAAAGGUAUGAACAAGAAAACGGAAGCGGAAAACAGGAUUGAAGUAAAAGGAUAAGUAUUUAGAGAACUUAUUAAAUUACAGACACUUCUUACUUCUAGAACUUCCCUGAGUAAGGCUCAAGUUAGGCUUGAAUGUCUUGCAAAGGCUCCUCAGCUCAUCUUAUAUAGAAGAAAGGAGAAAGCCUCGGGUGCUUAGUGGGCCCAUCGGCAGGAUUUCACCUUAUCUGAUAAGAUCGAGUAUGAGGUGUCUUUAUUUAAAGAAGGAUAUUAUUCCUUCUGUGACAUGACUAAAGAAAGAUUUGAUUCCUUCUUUUACAAAGCACACAAAUGCCUAUCCUUUUGUAACUUUUGCAAAGAUGCUGCUUUCAAGAGAUCAUUAAAAGACCUAUCCUUUUGUAGUCAAAUACCUAUCCCAGGGUAUUACAAAGGAUCAGGAUCGGGCACAAAGAAGUAUGGCUUACGAAGAAGCAGAACUUAAAAAGGAAAGCCACAUGAUACACAUGCAAGGGUGGAAAAACAUAAGCAUUUAUUAAAAAAUAAAAAAUGCAAAUGUUAUCUUUGUGGACAGGAAGGGCAUUUUGCACGAGAUUGUCCGAACGACAAAAUAAGCAGUAAAAGGGUUGCUAUGUUCGAGCAACUUGAUAUUCCCGAUGAUUGUGAAAUUCUCUCUGUCCAAGAAGGUGAAAACCUUAGUGAUGCUAUCUACAACAUUUCAGAGGGGGAGGAAACAAAUGAUCUACAAAGGUCAAUACAAACGUUAAUACUCUCUGAAAAUAUUUUUAUGCUGGGACAAAUAGACGGUGGUUAUCGACCACAGAUUAAAGUGACAGAUCAGCAGUAUGAGUGUGCCCAUCAAUGGAUAGCCAAUGGGGACACUUAUCCCCCGCAACCUAUUAAAUGCACAGGAUGCCAAAGGGACACACAGAAGAGGGCACGAAUUCAUUGCUCAAAUUAUUUAAUAACCACAUGCAAUUUAUGCGGCCCAUAUUAUUUUGGGCAAAAGGUACCAAUACUACCUCCUUCCACUCCUUUCUUUCCUAACAAAUUGUUACAGGAACAACAGAAAUACAUUUCCUGGAGUGAAUCUGAAAUAGAAAGGCUAAAGCAAGAAGUUUCUUAUUAUAAGAAUCUUUAUGAAGAACUUAAUCUAGAACGGGAUCUUCAACGUGAUUUUGAAAAUCUUGCCACUACACACUUUGAAGAAGGAGAUGAAGAAAAUGAUUUGGUCACUUCUUCACAACUUGCUCAUGUGCUCUAUACAGAGGCAACUGAAAGAGUUUCUUUAACUCAAGGAAGUCCAAGUCCCCGACUUGUCAAAAUUCUAUUAUAUAAUCUUCAGGUGGAAAUUGAUAUUCCAGGUAUCCCAAAAUUUAUUUUAAGGGAAAUUUUAGAUACUGGAGCUACUACCUGUUGUGUAGAUCAACAUUCGGUACCAAGCAAAGCAUUAGAAGAAAAUUCUUUUCUAGUACACUUCUCCGACAUUAAUUCACAGCAAACAACAAAGUUGAAGUUGAAACCAGGGAACAUGACAAUUGGUGAUAAUAAUUUCCGAAUACCAUACACCUACAGUUUCCCUAUGAUCUUGGGAGACAAUUCAGAUGAUUAUCGGCGGCAAUUUUAUUCGAGCAAUGAAUGGAGGAGUACGUAUAGAAGGUAACAUUGUUACUUUUUACAAAAACCUGACUGUCGUAAACAGUCUUCCCGCAGUAAAUACACAGGCAACAAUUCAAGAGCUUGAUCUCGAAGAAGAAGAAUAUUUACAAAUAAAAGAAGUGGUAUUCUAUUCUAUUGGCCAGUCUUCACAAACCUUUUCUGAGCAGUUUGGGCCUUUGCUAAAAGAAUUAGAACAACAAGGCUAUAUUGGAGAAAACCCAUU